CAGGGCCAGGGUUAGCUCCGAUGCUUGCUCUUGGGUGCGGGUGAAAUGGAGCAGAGGCAAUAAAAGGAGGACGCGUCUCUCACGAAGCUUGAAGUUUGCUUCUCAUCUCGCAUCACUCAAUCACUAUUCGCAUCGUCCCAAUCGCUACUUGACAUCCUUUUCGUCAAAGACUAUCGCUACAGAGUUCAAUCGUUCCAAACAAACACAACACAACCGUCAAUAUGCGCGCCUCUAUCUUCGUCUCCGCUGUUGCUUUCGCCGUUGCAUCGGCCCAGGACUCAUCCUCCGCUCCCUCAUCCUCCAUCGACCCGGCCCCCCAGACUACCUACCUCACCCAGACCAACUCUCUCGGUGUCGUAACUGGCAUGCCCGCGGCUGACACUUCCAUCGCUACUCAGCCUGACGCUGUCACCAGCCAGCCCGCUGCUGUCACUACUCAGCCAGUACCUGCUGACAUCCCUGCCGUUGGCCCUGGUGUCCACACCCUCACUCUUGCUGGAACCGGCACCGGCUCCAUGGUUAACUCCACCCGCACUGUCACCGUCAGCGCCAACAACAGCACUACCGUCGCUCUUGUUGCCUCGCCUACCAACUCUGACGCCGACGCUACUGGCUCCGGCGCAUCUCGCAGCGGUGCUGAUGCCACUGGCUCUGACGCCUCUGGUACUGCUACUGGCUCUGGCUCUGGUGCUGACGCCACCGGUGCUGCCGUCAACGUCAAGGCUGCCGCUGGUAGCCUUGUCGGUUUCGGUGCCUUCAUGGCUGCGUUCUUGUAAACGCAUUGAUCGCAUUGUUUGUUCGUUUUAGCUUCGACGUUUUAUUUUUAUGAGGAUAGCGGUCCUUAAGAUACCUUGGGUCUUGCAUUAGCAUUGCGUAACAGAUUUGCAUUGCAAUACUUCGGCGUCGGCACUGGCAUGUGUCUUUGACGGGAAUAAUGUCUGUUAAGUUUAAUCAUGGCUUGGAUGAAAACAUCGGCCAUGUUAGUAGUACUUUUUUGUACAUGAUGUUGGGAAAUAUAUCAAACAUUUGGAUACAA